AGCGAUGACGGUAACGUACUCGCGGAGGGUUGCUGACGCGGGGCUAGGGACCUUCUCUCAUCUGCUCCUCCGAUGGAAGGGAAGCAUCUACAAGCUGCUGUGGAGAGAACUGAUCAUCUUCACUACACUGUACUACUCCUUCAGCAUCAUAUACAGGUUUGUGUUGAAUGAGAGUCAGAAGAGGCUGUUUGAGAAGCUGGCCAUCUACUGCGACCGUUACGCGGAACUCAUCCCUGUGUCCUUCGUAUUGGGUUUCUAUGUGACCCUGGUGGUGUCUCGGUGGUGGGGUCAGUUUGAGAGUGUACCCUGGCCGGACCGGCUGGGUGCGCUGGUGGGGGGUCACGUCCGCGGUACCGACGAGAGCGCCAGGCUGACUCGCCGGACCCUGAUACGUUACGCCAACCUGUCUGGCGUGCUCAUUUACCGAUCGGUCAGCACGGCCGUCUACAAGAGGUUCCCCACCAUGGAACACCUGGUGCGGGCAGGCCUGAUGACAGCAGAGGAACACAGGCAGUUGGAGGAGCUGCCCUCACCUCAUAACAAGUUCUGGGUUCCUUGCAUGUGGUUUGUGAACCUGGCUCUGAGGGCCCGCACCGAGGGACGCAUCAACAAUGACGUGGCGCUAUCAGCCAUUCUCAAUGAAUUGAUUACGUUGCGGACACAGUGUCUGAAGCUAUACAGCUAUGAUUGGAUCAGCCUACCCCUUGUGUACACCCAGGUGGUGACAGUCGCAGUCUACAGUUUCUUCCUGGCAUGUCUGAUUGGUCGACAGUUCUUAGACCCCGCCCAGGGCUACGCUGGUCAUGACAUCGACUUAUACCUGCCUGUCUUCACCCUGCUACAGUUUUUCUUCUACAUGGGCUGGCUCAAGGUGGCAGAACAACUGAUAAACCCGUUUGGGGAAGACGACGAUGACUUUGAAACCAACUAUCUGGUUGAUCGCAAUCUACAGGUGUCCCUGCUGUCUGUGGAUGAGAUGUACGACACUCUCCCAUUGGUAGAGGAUAAGUACUGGAACGAGUCUGAACCCCAGCCUCCUCACUGCAGCCAGCGCAGAGAGCACCGCAAACCUUCCUUCAUGGGCUCAGCCCUGAACAUCAGUGUUCCAAAAGAGGAGAUGGAGUUCCAGUCCAACCUGGAGCAGAUCAAGGAGCAUGAGGAGGCCAACCACUCUACUCCUCUCCUGGGGGGUCUGAGUCGCCUCCUGGGGGUUCAGUCCCCAGUCUUCCCCCGCUCCUCCAUCUCCUCCCGGGUCUCCCUGCUCCGCCGGCGACCCGGAGCUCCGUUCAGCCGCUUCCCCCUCUCCCUGCACACCGAGGGGGCCACCUUCACGCCGGGCCCCGGCCCCCGCCACGACUCCAGCCACCUGGACUACGUCUUCUCCUCCAUGCCGCUGUACGAGAUGUCCGGCUUCUACAGCUGUCCCCAGACCCCCAUCCACUGUGUUCCCCCGGCCAUGCCUCACCUGCGGCCCGCCCGAGGAGCUCACACCUGGGAUCGCAGCUCCCAGCCCCUGGCCCCUCCGAUGGUGGGCUCUGGAGCAACCAAUCCCAACACCAGCUCCUCUAGUAUCAACGCCACCAGCACUAUGAGCAACACCAAUCCCAACACCACUACUCCAGCCAACUUCUGCAAUGGUACCAGCCACAACAACGUUUGUAACCAUGCCAAUUUCAACAAAGCAGCACUCAACGAGCAGGUAGCAACAGUGGUACCAAGAGGACCGAGCAGCAACGUCAUCAACAUCGCCAUUUCCACUUCCGCGUCCCCUCAGCAAUCAGCCAUUCAACAUCCAAACUCGCCCAAUGAUUCGGGGAUUUCAUUGGCUGAGGGAGAGCCCUCACUGGUUGGGAGCUCUGGUGGUGGAUAG